GUCCACGAGGGGGCGACAGGCCGAUAACAGUCUCCUUUCGGCCAGAAGAAGAAACCUCAGAGACAAAAUGGCGGCGUCGUUGGUGCGGUUUGUCCGCGGAGGUCUCGGAAGGAGUUUUAACAUUGCGCGGACGUCGUGCCUCCUGCAGCAGCAGACCAGACUGCAGGGCUCCAGCACCGAGUCCAGGCCUACUGUCAGGCCCACGGAUGCUGUCACUCACAACCAGCUAACAGCAUUUGGGGAGUAUGUGGCAGAGAUGAUGCCCAAAUAUAUUCAGCAGGUCCAGGUGACCUGUUACAAUGAACUGGAGGUGAUGAUCCAUCCUGAUGGAGUGGUCCCUGUGCUGACCUUUUUGAGGGACCACACCAACGCUCAGUUCAGGAACAUGAUUGACCUGACAGCUGUCGACAUCCCGACACGACAGAACCGCUUUGAGAUUGUGUACAACCUGCUGUCGCUGCGCUACAACUCCCGCAUCCGCGUCAAGACCUACACAGAUGAGUUGACACCGGUGGACUCCGCCGUCCCCGUCCACAUGGCUGCCAACUGGUACGAGAGGGAGGUGUGGGACAUGUUUGGGGUUUUCUUCGCCAACCAUCCAGACCUGAGGCGAAUUCUGACUGACUAUGGCUUUGAGGGUCACCCCUUCAGGAAGGACUUCCCUCUGUCAGGAUACGUGGAGGUCCGUUAUGAUGAUGAGUUGAAGCGUGUGGUGGCAGAGCCUGUGGAGCUGGCACAGGAGUUCAGGAAGUUUGACCUGAACACGCCCUGGGAGGUGUUCCCCGCCUACCGGGAUCCCAAAGAGGAUUCACCCAAGCUGGAGGCUGGUGAUAAGGCCCCCGAGAAGAAGUGAUGUCCUCCUGUUUAGCCGGCACACCCUUCAUCACCGUGUUCUGUUUUUGUGUUAUUCUGGGACUCCGGUCCCUCAAGAAUCCUGAUAUUUAUGUAAAUAAAGAUACUAGUAAAACAUUUUUAAA